AUUUUUUGUACUUUAAUUCUAAAGUCAACUUCAAAAUUGAAUUAUUGCUGCUUUUACAAGACUUGGUUUUUUCUUAACUCUUGCUUCCAUUAACCACCAGACAUACUUUUUUCUAGAGUCAACGUCUUGGAUGUUCUAACCUUUCCUCAGCUACCCUUUACAUAUUUUUCACCUCCAACGUAGACGGGAUCAAUUACCCAAAUAUUAAUGAUUUAAUAGUUGGAUACAUGGAACAAGCAAUCUCGGUUUCUAGAAAUGACUUUAGAUCGUCAAUAAACGAGAACUACCACAGUGGGACUGUGCCCAUGAAUGAAAACUAUCAGAAUGGAAGUGAGAAUGCCCAGAUAGAAUCCGUUGCUUUUAUUCGCUAUUUUGGUGAAAAACUCUUUCAUUAUCCUUCCCUCUACACCGCAUUUGUGGAGAUUGUAAAAGCUUUGGAUGUGCAAAUUAUUGACUUUCCUGGGUUUAUUGAACGAGUGCACAUUCUUUUGAAUGACUUCCCAGAGUUGCUGCUUGAGCUUAAUACUCUCCUUCCUUCUUCCUACCAGUUUUUACCAUCCUCCGCAGAAAAUAAGGGGCCGCAGUUUGCUACUCCCACUGGGUCAGUAUCGCGGCCUUACUCUUACGCUGCUAGCUAUGCUGACGUUCCCAGUUGCUACCACCGAGCUAUUGCUUAUAUUGCAAAGGUAAAAAAGUCAUUGAAAAAUAGCGGUACAUCUUUUCAGCAAUUUCAGCUACUUCUUCAACAAUUUUCGAGCUCUCAGAUAAGUUUGGAAGAGCUUCAAAGUAGAUUAACCUCUUUACUCAGCGAUUUUCCUGCAUUAAGUCAACAGUUUCAACAGUUUCUACCAAAUUCGGUUUUUUACAGCUCAACACCUCCUUUAGGAUCAUAUCCUAUACGAACGGUUCAGAGCUCCAACUUUCGACUCAGUAACCUUUCGGAUUUCUAUCCUCCACCGUCCUCCGCUCAUGGUACUGUCUCUACAGUUUUUCCGUCCGUUUCUCAGCCUGAUGCUAUUGAUUUUUUCAAACAUGUUAAACACCAGUUACCAAGUCUCGAUAUAUAUCAUGAAUUUUUAAAAUUAAUUAAUCUUUAUGUGCAAAAGAUUAUUUCUCGGGAUACAUUGUUAGCCAGAAGCUUUGCGUUUUUAAGGUCCCUUCCUGACUUAUGGAAAAGCUUUCAAUUGAUGUUGCAUUUUAAUCCUCAAGAAUUCCCUAAUAUUUAUUAUACUGCCACAUCUGAUCACUCUGAUUACGGACCAAGUUAUCGUCUUCUUCCUUUAGAGGAACGUAUGAUUCCGUGUAGUGGAAGAGACGAGUUAGCCUGGUCUAUUCUAAACGAUGAAUGGGUCAGUCAUCCUACUUGGGCAUCAGAGGAAAGCGGUUUUAUUGUCCAACGUAAAACACCCUAUGAAGAUGCCAUGACAAAGCUGGAAGAAGAACGUUACGAAUUUGAUCGACACAUCGAAGCAAUUAACUGGACUAUCAAAGCACUUAAAAAUCUGGCAGAUCGUCUGGGAGAGAUGCCAGAUGAUGAACGGAAUAGCUAUCAACUACCGCCUGGUUUAGGUUUGCAGUCGAAAAGUAUUUACGAGAAAACAAUCAAGUUAGUCUACACUGCUGAUCAUUAUAAGGUUGUAUUAAAUGCUCUAGAAAGUAUGCCUUCAGCUACUCUUCCUAUAGUUCUAAAACGAUUGAUCGAGAAAAAAGAAGAAUGGCAAUCAGCGAAAGAAAGUUUGCAACCUAUCUGGAGAAAUACAGAGUUUAAAAAUUAUGAUAAAAGCUUGGAUCCACAAUGCAUAUACUUUAAGGCUAAGGAUAGAAAAGUUGUUACUCCAAAGCUUUUACUUGCCGAAGCAGAGACCAUACGCGCUCAGACGUCUACAAAGUUUCCUUUUCUGAGUGAAACUUCUUUUGAUUUUUCAACCAUAUACGAUAAUGAACACAUUCUUUUUGACGUGUGUUACAUAGUGUGUACAUACGUGGUAUGUAAUUCCCCUUCCGGUCUCAAGAAGGUCGAAAACUUUUUUAAAAGUACGCUACCUCUUUUUUUUGGAAUUGAUAAAGAAAAAUUAGCCAAGUUUUUAGAUCCUGUUUUUCAUGGUCCUAAUUAUGAUUCUUCCGUUGAUAAUACGUCUGGAAGCAAAAUAGUACGCCGAAAACGAUCAAAUUCCAUUACUCAAUUGACUGAGCUUUCAAAACAUCAAAAAAUAAGUGACCAACGACAAAGCCGAUCGGCGGCUGCCGCUAAGAAGAAGGGGGAUGUCACUAGUAACGCUCUGAAUUAUGACGACGCUCCUUCUGACAAUGGCAGUUCAGCUUCAUCUUCAAAACAGCAAUUAUCUCGUCCUGCUGCAGCUAUUGUGGCAAGCUUGAAAUAUCCUAGUCAUCCUGACCAUUGCUUGUUGGAAGGAAGAAAUAGCGAGAAAGCUGUCCCGGAUAACCAAACGGCGCAAGAAGAGAAGUUUCCAUUUAUGAAAUCCGACAUUGUUAACGAAAUUGAGCAAUACGGCUAUUCUGCAAUAUAUGUCUUUUUCCGUCUAUUCAACAUGUUAUACGAACGGUUACUAUUAUUGAAAAAUCUGGAAAACUGCGUGGCUGAUGCUCAGAAACAAAUAAAACCAAAUCCAGUGGCCCAAGAGCACAAGUUAUGGAGGAAUAGAGAAAGUGAGUUACCUGAGCUCCCCGAAGAAAGUACAUAUUACGAUAAAACCUUCGUCAUGUCGUUACGACUUAUAUACGGUGUCCUCGAUCAGAAUCAAUUUGAAGAUUACAUACGUUUUUAUUAUGGCAAUAAAGCCUACGAGCUGUACACGGUUGAUAAGCUGGUGUGGUCAAUAGCUAAACAGGUACACCACAUCGUUUCAGACGGAAAAUUUAAACACGUUUUAAGUGUCAUUGAAGAAUACAAUAGCCAGUCCACACCAAAACGAUCCUAUGACGAGUUUUUAUAUCGCAUGAAUUUGGAACGAUAUCUAAAUCCAGAUGAAAUGUUAUUUCGGUUCUCGUGGAAUUUUGACGUAAAGCGAUUCACCAUUAACUUGUUGCGACGUGCUAAUGUAACUAUUGAUGAGACGUUAGAAAGCCAGCGGCAAGGAUGGAAAAAGUAUUUGGAAGAUUAUAUUGAUCAGAAAGAGACUGAUUGUGUCUCUUACAGACAUUAUCGGUGUCCUUUCUUAUGCAGAACAAUUCCUUUUGGGGGAACAUCCGGAAUGGCCCGAUUGUCAUUACAAAAAAGACUUAUGUGUUCGCUUAAUUUCCAGUCCGACUUGAAAGCCAGGCUUUGUAUUAAUUCUUUUAAGCUACUAUAUGUUCCUUGUACCCAAGACGCUUACUCGAGCCGUGUGUAUCUGAAAUUGAAUAACUCUGAAUCUCAGAAUAUACAAUUAACUCGCUGUUCGCGCUGGAAGGCACGGCUAAGCACUCUACAGAACAAGUUGUUUGAUGGUCAACCUGAUGAUGUUUCAUUUGAAUCACUAUUUAUAUAGAAGUGCUAUUAAUGUAUUUAGAAAAUUACUUCCCUAAAGCUGUUUAAAUUUUUUUGAUAGUUGACAUUUAAUGUUUUAAAAAUUAAAUUGUUUUAAUAUAUUUCUUUCUUAUAUCCUC